GCUGCUGUGGUGCUUGACUCAGUUUUCUGGGAAUGAUUAGGUCAUGGAGCUCUCCGGUGGGGAUGGAAAACAACCCGGACCGAGAGGGCACCAGCCUGGCUCAGAGGGGAAAUGCACCUACAGGAGUUGCAUAAGCAAACAAAUUGUUCCCUGAGCAACCGGGCUGAUGAGAGCAGCUUUGUUGGAGCCCUGUGCUCACACAGACAGGCCCCGAGAUAAUGCUGUUUUCUAGUGACAGUAUUCCCCCUAUCCAUAGUUUUCCUUGUGCCCUGUGUCUUUCCCUUCCCUUCCCCCUUUAGACAGCAGCAGUUUGGGGGAAAGCAGCAUGUAGAAUGUGUAAGUGGUUCAGAAGGCAAAUGGAGGGGGUGGUUUACAUUCACACUUACAUCCUUUGGAUGCAGACACUGAGUUUUCCCUCCUCAAUCCAUCCCCUAAGUGUUUUAGGAAUACUCUGUGUGAGAGCUCUCUUCCUCUCUUAAGUGAGACUGAAGGUAGUUGGUGAGUUCAGAAGUUACUGACACAAGCAGAAACAAGGGUUAAGGAAAGGAGACCCAACCUGUGCAUGAAAUGAAGAUCCAUACGUCUUGUUUUGGGAAGAAAAGCAGUUUGCAGGAGCAUGGACAUCCGCAACAACCUGACCCGGCUGAACAUGCUGGAGAACUGCACUGUGAUCGAGGGCCACUUGCAGAUAUUGCUGAUGUUUAAAACCAAGCCAGAGGAUUUCCGUGAGCUCAGCUUUCCUAAGCUGACCAUGAUCACAGACUACUUGCUGCUUUUCCGUGUGUACGGCCUGGAGAGUUUAAAGGGCCUUUUCCCCAACCUCACUGUGAUCAGGGGGACUCACCUGUUCUUUAACUAUGCCCUGGUGAUUUUUGAGAUGGUUCACCUGAAGGAGAUCGGGCUCUACAACCUCAUGAACAUCACCCGGGGUGCCGUGAGGAUUGAGAAGAACAAUGAGUUGUGUUACCUGUCCACCAUUGACUGGUCAAGGAUUCUGGAUUCUGUAGAGGACAACUACAUUGUGGCCAACAAGGAUGACAAGGAGGAGUGUGGAGAUGUGUGUCCUGGGACCGUGAAAGGGAAGAGCAACUGUCCCCCCACUGUGAUAAACGGCAUUUUCAUCGAGCGCUGCUGGACACACGAUCGCUGCCAGAGGGUUUGUCCAGCUGCCUGCAAGUCCCAGGGCUGCACCUCGGAAGGGCAGUGCUGUCACAGCGAGUGCCUCGGGGACUGCACGGAGCCCAGCGACCCCGAGAAGUGCGUGGCCUGUCGCAACUUCUACCUGGAAGGGAAGUGUGUGGACAACUGCCCCCCUGGGUACUACCGCUUCGAGGGCUGGCGCUGUGUGACCUUCAGCUUCUGCCAGGAGCUGCACAACAAGUGUAAGAACGCCAGGGAGUCGGGGUGUCAUGUCAUCCACAACAAUGAGUGUGUCCACGAGUGCCCCUCGGGGUACAUCAUGAAUUCCAGCAACCUGCACUGCACGCCCUGUGCAGGGCCCUGUCCCAAGGUCUGUGACUUUGGGAAGGAGAAGACGAUCGACUCAGUGACAUCGGCGCAGGAGCUCCGGGGCUGCACAGUUGUCAAUGGCAGCCUGGUUAUAAAUAUCCGGGGAGGAAAUAACAUAGCAGCUGAACUGGAAGCAAAUCUUGGCUUGAUAGAAGAAAUCUCAGGUUACCUCAAAAUUCGCCGCUCUUAUGCCUUGGUUUCUCUUUCUUUUUUCCGGAAGCUCCAUCUGAUUAGAGGAGAAACACUUGAAGCUGGCAAUUAUUCAUUUUAUGCCUUGGACAACCAGAACCUCCGCCAGCUCUGGGACUGGAGUAAACACAACCUCACUAUUGCGCGAGGCAAACUCUUCUUCCACUAUAACCCCAAGCUGUGCUUGUCAGAAAUCCACAAGAUGGAAGAGAUCUCUGGGACUAAGGGGCGUCAGGAGAGGAACGACAUAGCCCUGAAGACCAAUGGGGAUCAAGCCUCAUGUGAAAAUGAAUUGCUGAAAUUUUCUUACAUCAGGACUUCUCAUGACAAGAUCCUGUUAAAGUGGGAGCCGUAUUGGCCUCCUGAUUUCCGUGAUCUCCUGGGAUUUAUGCUGUUCUACAAGGAAGCUCCGUACCAAAACGUGACGGAGUUCGAUGGCCAGGAUGCUUGUGGGUCAAACAGCUGGACAGUUGUGGAUGUUGACCCACCCCCACGGUCCAACGAGCCCAAAGCCCAGGCCCAACCAGGCUGGCUUCUGAGGGGCCUGAAGCCCUGGACACAAUAUGCUGUGUUUGUAAAAACCCUGGUCACCUUUUCCGAUGAGCGGCGGACAUAUGGAGCAAAGAGUGAGAUUAUCUACAUCCAGACCAACGCUACGGUUCCGUCAGUGCCGUUAGAUCCGAUAUCUGUUUCCAACUCUUCAUCCCAAAUCAUCCUGAAGUGGAAACCACCCUCAGAGCCCAACGGGAACAUCACGCACUACCUGGUGUACUGGCAGCAGCAGGCAGAGGACAGUGAGCUUUAUGAACUUGAUUACUGCUUGAAAGGAUUAAAACUUCCCUCAAGGACCUGGUCUCCUCCUUUUGAAUCUGAAGACCCUCAGAAGUAUAAUCAGAGUGAAAAUGAGGAUGUCAGUGGGGAAUGUUGUUCCUGCCCGAAGACAGACUCCCAGAUACAGAAGGAGCUGGAGGAAUCUGCUUUCCGCAAGACAUUUGAGAACUACCUUCACAACGAGGUUUUUGUGCCAAGGCCAUCAAGAAAACGGAGAGACCUCGCCUCUGUGGCAAACGCCACCGUGGUGAUCCCCACCAUCCCAGCCUCUCCCAACAACUCUGCAGCAGCAGCUGAGGGUGCAGAGGAGCAGAAACCUUUUGAGAAAGUCCUGUCCAAGGAGUCCCUGGUGAUCUCGGGGCUGCGCCAUUUCACCGGAUACCGCAUCGAGCUCCACGCCUGCAACCACGAUGCUCAGGAGUCCCGGUGCAGCGUGGCAGCCUAUGUCAGUGCUAGGACCAUGCCAGAAGCUAAGGCUGAUGACAUCGUUGGUCCAGUUUCCCAUGAAGUGAUUGAAAAGAACACAGUGCAUUUGAGGUGGCAGGAGCCAAAGGAGCCCAAUGGCCUGAUCGUGCUGUACGAGGUGAACUACGGACGGCUCGGGGAGACAGAGGAAGCCCAUUUUUGUGUGUCCCGAAAGCACUUUGCCACCGAGCACGGCUGCAAACUCCGAGGACUUCAGCCUGGGAACUACAGUGUCCGGAUCCGGGCGACCUCCCUGGCUGGAAAUGGCUCGUGGACAGAACCCACCUAUUUUUACGUGGCUGAUUAUCUGAAUUCUCAGCCUAAUAUUGCUGUUAUAAUCGUUCCUAUUAUUUUUGCCAUAAUAAUUGCUGGAAUUAUUGGAGCUGCUUACGUGCUCGUGAAAAAGAGACAAACUGAAGGACCAACCGGACCCCUGUAUGCAUCCUCCAACCCUGAAUACAUCAGCGCCAGUGAUGUUUAUGUCCCUGACGAAUGGGAGGUUCCACGGGACAAGAUCACUCUCCUCCGAGAGCUGGGACAGGGCUCCUUUGGAAUGGUGUACGAAGGAAUUGCCAAGGACAUAGUGAAAGGAGAGCCCGAGACCCGCGUGGCCGUGAAGACGGUGAAUGAGUCUGCAAGUCUGCGCGAGCGCAUCGAGUUCCUCAACGAAGCCUCUGUGAUGAAAGGCUUCAGCUGCCAUCAUGUGGUUUGCCUUCUCGGGGUGGUCUCAAAGGGACAACCCACCCUGGUGGUCAUGGAGCUGAUGGCACACGGGGACCUGAAAAGUUACCUCCGCUCUCUGAGACCUGAAGCUGAGGUAAAGACAGGAGAGGGGGGGUCUGUUUUGCAACAGGGUGACCUGAUUUCAGGUUUAAUACUUCUUUAUUAAAUGGCUUUAAGCUAA